AUGACAGAGAACAAAUUGAACAGUCGGUUGCACAACCCGAGUCGAUCGAAAAGGUCGAUAACCAUGCCAGAACGACAAAUUCGACCGUACGCGUACAGGCCAUCAAGACUACGACCCAGACAGGCACCUCAACGACCUAACGAACCCGAACUAGCAUUUGACGGUGACGAGACUUCGAGUGAUGAAAGUAGCUUGGAUGGCGAAAGUGAUUCAGAAGGCGAAGACGAUUCCAGUGAUGAGGAAGAAGAAAGUGAGGACGCAAAUCCAUUCGCGGCUAGCCGUGUGAGUGGCACAGGGGCACGAACAACUAUCUCUGCAACCACCACCACCACCAUGAGUGACAAUCCUUUUGCAACGGCUGCUGUGACAGCUACUCUAUCCUACGAACCUGGAACCUCAACGCUCACAUCGAGCCCAACAUCACAGAAGCUAGUACAGGCUACAGCAACCGGAGUAGCGGCUGAUUCCGAUGCUCCUGCGGCCUCUUCAUCAGGUGGCCAAUCGAAGCACACUACUGCCGUCGCCCUGGGAUCAGUCCUUGGUGUCCUUUCGGUUGCUGUUGCGGCAUAUCUUUUGUUCCGCUACUGUGCUCCAAUAAGAAACAGAGUUGCACGGUAUCGCGGACGGAAAGGCUCGAAGCUUCCAAGGGAAGAGGAUGGGGUGCCUCCGCAAAAUCUGGGUAGAGGAGUGGCUCAAUCUGGGGACUUUGCUGCAACGAACGCACAUCGCUACUCGAAGGCAGUAUCGUCAAUAGCAACCCCAGCACCAUCAUACACCCACGACACGGCCAUCGCUGUGCCAAUCACUUCAACACGUGUACCUGCACCAGUGUCAAUUCAUCCGGGUUCGCGAGAUGAUGAUCCUGAGAACCCUUUCUCGGACUACGCACGAACCUUGUCACGAAACAACACCAACAAGUCUAGUCGGAGUAAACAGCCUUACGUGCAGAACAGUGGUGCCAGCGACUAUGAAACCUCCAGGCCCACUACCGACAUGCUCGACGAACCGGGCACUUAUGCAUUCAAUUUCAAUUUUGAUGAUUAUCGAUUGUCGGGAACAGAUCUCAGGCAAUCAGCAUUGACCAAUAACCCACUUUUCGCGACGUCUGGUUCUGGUGCGACCAAUAACUCGCUCAGCAACAGUGUUAAAGGGUCUGCCGACCCAUAUUCUUCAGGGAUCGGCUCUGGUCUAGGGAUCGAUGUACCGACAUCGCCAGGGACACCAAAGCCUGCUACCUUCUCUAUUCCAUAUGCUCCACCUUCCGAGGUGGCUACGCCUCGCACUCAAUACAUGCCCCGACAACGCCAAUCAAUCACUCCCUCGGAAAGUGUAUCAAAUGCACCAUACUCCCCACUGCCGUUCCCGGCCGGUCUCAUGCCUGCAUUGCCUGCUGCCAUGAACUCGCGUUGGAGCAAAAACUCCAGUAGCGUCUGGGCUAGGACUGUCGACGACAAAGGAGUAGACCUGCCAGAAUCGCCUGCAAAGGCGGUGACCAGGCCUCCUCCUUUACCUCUGACAGUCAGGACGUCAACUUCGUCCUUUUCAUCCCGUUCGUCGAAUGGAAGUAAGCGCAGCUCCUCGCGGUCUUCUGUUACAGGACCUGGUCAAGAUCCUAUCGAGAAGCGAAGUACUUUACAGCCCGCCCCCACACAACGAUUGAAGACAGGGUCAACCAUUAUUGGGCUACCAACAAGUGUACGGCCAGUCUCCAAUACUGGCAGUGGCGUAACAUUGAAACCUGUGGCGUAUCGGCCAUAA